CAAUUUCAUGCAGUACGGAGUACAGGGCAGGGAAUGGCUUGCCAUUUUGAGACGCGUACCACACGUGUCCGUCCAGAUCAUCAUCAAUUGAAGAAGGUCCGCAGUCUUCAUCAAGAGCUUCACAGAAAGCGGCAAAAUUCCUGCACGUCUCUGAGUACCUAAUCCCUCUGCUCACAUCCGGAUGCGGCACUUUGAAUCAAGACACGCGGCAGAGAGAGACAGGGCCAAGUUCGGCGUUUGAAUAACUUACAGCCUAUCAAUACCAACACUAGCGCAGCUAACAGUACUGUAUGUACAAGCUGUGAGAUGCCUAUUGGAAUCAGACAUUCUCAAAGCUCUUUUAUAUUUUACAAGAAAGCAAGAAAGGGGAGAGAGAGACCAGAGAGACCCGAGUGCCCCGAGGGAUAAGAACGCUGAUCCCCACGGCACCAGACAUUCGUUGUCGAUUGAGCAUGGAGGACUCAACCGAGCCAUGUCCCAGUGAGAAGACUAGAAAUCACACAGACACAGUUGAGCAAAAGAAGGAAGCUAUCCUCGAAGCAUGCAAGCGGAGGGACCUCGCUGCCUUGAGAGCGCUUGCAGAGUCGCCGGGCGGCUUUUUGACUGACAGAAUCCGCCAGCAAGCGUGGCCGGUGUUGCUAGGAAUUUCACCCGUCGAUGGCAAGACCGAGUCCGACCAUGACCAGUCUUGUUCGUCCGCCACAUGGAGGACACUGCCACACCACAAAGACGAGGAUCAGGUCCAACUAGACGUCAACCGCUCCUUCAUCUACUACCCCAAUGACCAGACCGAAUCCCAACUCUCUCUCCAAAAAUCCCACCUCUCAGCCCUCAUCCUCCAAGUCCUCCGUCAGAACCCCUACCUAUGCUACUUCCAAGGCUACCACGACAUAGCCCAAGUGCUACAGCUCGUACUCCCCCCGUCACUACGGCCGCUAGCACUAACCCACCUCUCGCUGCUCCGCAUCCGCGAUUUCAUGCUACCCUCUCUCGCACCCGCCGUGGCGCAGCUCCACCUAAUCCCAGACAUCCUUCGGGCGGCAGACCCGCCGCUGUGGCGGCACCUGUCGCACACAGAACCCUUUUUCGCGCUGUCGGGCACGCUGACCAUGUACGCGCACGACAUCACCACGCUGGGCGACAUUGCGCGCCUCUUUGACGUGCUGCUGGCCCGCGACCCGGUGUUUACAGUCUACCUCUUCGCGGCCAUGGUCCGCAGCCGCCGCGCCGAGCUCUUCGAGACCCCGCCCGACGAGCCCGAGAUGCUGCACAGCAUCCUCUCCAAGCUGCCCGUGCCCCUCGACCUCGAGGGCCUGAUUGCCCAGGCUGGCGAGCUGGAGCGCAGGUUCCCGCCCGAGAAGCUGCCGUCCUGGAGGAGGAUCUCGAGGUGGAGUGUUUUGAAGACCGGCAGGGACGGCGGCCGGGCUGGGGGGUAUGGGGAGGAUGCCCGAGCCAAGGGGAGGGAGUUUUUUGAGAGGCAGGCCCGCGAGCUGAGGUGGGCCGAGCAGAAAGCCCAGGCGAAGAAGUGGUUGUGGCGGCAUCGUCGGCCCGCGGGGACGAUUGGCAUCGCCGUCUUGGUUGGUGUGCUGGCCAUUUUGCUGCGGAAAGCGGGGACAGGGUCCGGCUCGUUACCGGGUCCGCUGGUCUCAGGGUUGGGCUAUGUGUCUGCCUUGGUGGGGAGGAGGUGGUGGUAGGACUGGCCUGCUUUCCCUGUUGCUCCCGUGUGAAAUUGUUUGCUAUCAUGGUAACGCGGAAAACGGUACGCAGUUUGUCGAUUUGAGAGAGGUGCUUUUGGCUAAGGAGGUUAAACAAAGAGAAUAUGUCAGGGGCUCGGCGUUGAUAUCGAUGACGGCACCAGGGGGAAAUCGUCGGUUGGCGUACAUGGCGUGUAGACUCUCUGCGUUUUUCAUUUUGUAUACCUUCUGAAGAGCUCCAACGUCACGAUGAUAGAGAAAUGUAU